AUAUAUUCCAGGGAUACCAGAUCUGAUAAUAAUAUAUUCCAGGGAUACCAGAUCUGAUAAUAAUAUAUUCCAGGGAUACUAGAUCUGAUGGCUGGUUUCUGAUGACCUCUAUUUGGCCGACACUCUGUCUAUCAGCAUCCUACUACGCUAUAGUUCGCUUCCUUGGUCCUUGGUACAUGAAAAACAGGGAACCGUUUGAACUGAAGAAAGUAAUGCUUGUUUACAAUCUGUUCCAAGCAAUAUUUAACUCAUGGUUGCUCUAUAAGGCCGGGCUUCUAUGGUUUGGUCCAUACAACUGGCGAUGUCAACCAAUCGAUUAUUCAAACAGUUCUGCAGGAGAAGCAGCUUUGAAUGUAACCUAUUGGUAUUUUAUCUCAAAGUUCUUGGAUUUCUUUGAUUCAUUUUUCUUUGUGCUCAGGAAAAAGUUCAGUCACCUGUCUACCCUCCAUGUUGUUCAUCAUGGCGGGCUUCCGAUCUUCGUUUGGUUUGGUCCAAGAUUUGUCGGAGGAGGACACACUACAUUCUGUGGUUUUCUAAACAGUGGAAUACAUGUAGUUAUGUAUCUGUACUACUUCCUUGCAGCUCUAGGACCUAAGGUAACUCCGUAUCUCUGGUGGAAACGGUAUCUCACAAAACUUCAGAUGAUUCAGUUUGUCGUCUUCUUUAUCCACGCUCUUCAACCUCUCUUCAUCGAGUGUGACUAUCCUAAGAUUUACUGUUGGAUUAUAUUGGGACAUGGUCUUCUUUAUUUUGUUCUCUUUACUAACUUCUAUAUUCAGUCCUACAUCAAGAAGAAAAAGGCAUAAAGCUGCAAUGCUGCCUAAUGUUGCUCAAUGCUGCUCAAUGAAGACCAAACAGACAAUGCUCACUUUUGUUUACAAAUAUAUAUUGUUAUUAUUUUUGUUUUUGGAGGGGCGGGGUUUAUUGAUAUUCAUUUUAUUUUACAAAUUGUGUAAACUUUUUCAUUGAUUUCUCGAAAUGAUUUUAUUUCUAAUUUUUUUUCUUGGGGAGGGGAGAAGGGGCAAGGGUCGCUGAUAUUGAAAAAAUUAUUAAAUAGUUAGUUCAAAUAUUUAAAGUAAUAUCCCAUUAUUACCACCCCCCCCCCGUCCCCCCACAUGCCCGUAUCAAGGUGGGGGUGCAAGGGGUCAAGUGCACCCCCUUUCUCCUAAAAUGGGGGUGUACCGACGAAUUUGCACCCCACUCCUCUUUUACAUAAAUUGCUUGAUAUAAUCUUCUCCAAAAUAUUGAGAUUUUAGUAUUCAAAGUGUUCAAAAAUUAUUUUCAUUCUGUAUUUUGUAUAGUCACUGUGUGCAUGUUUAUACAAAACAAUAGUUUAUUAAAGCUGUUCAGACCAAAUUAAACCUUUUAAGAAAAAUAUCUGUCCGGAGGUAAGAUUUUCUGAUCGAACUGGUUUGUUCUUUCGCAUAUGUCGAUAUAUCUACAUAUAAACAAUGAAACUAAUAUGUACAGGGUGUCCCAAUAAACAUGGGAAUUCAGCGACGAAUUUGAU